UUGUUACUGUUUUUUUUCUUAUAAACCAUGUCUUCUAAUCAGUGGAUAGUUGGAUAUUUUGCUGAUGAAAAUAAAUAUUCAGUUAUACCAUAUUCUUGGUUAGUGACAUGUGGUAAUUUCUGUAUAUCCAAAUGGCCAAAAUCUGGAAAUAUUAACACACUAAUACAGACAUCGUGUGAACCGGGAAUCGAUUGGCCAACAUAUCCGGUUAAAAUUGUAUCAGAAUAUUUUAACUGUUAUGAUGAAGCUGCAUUCAAAGAACGGCAAAUUUUUAUAUCUGCUUCAUCAUCAGAAUCAGAAGAACAUAUAAAAAAUAAAAGUAAAAAUAAAAGAAAGAAGCAUGUUCCCGUAGUUCAUGAAGAUUGCAGUGAUACAUGCAGCAGUGCUUCACAAACACCAAUUAAAAUAUUUAAAAAUAAUUCCUCAUCAAAAAUCAGUAUAAAACAGUGUAAAAUGAAUUUGAACAAUUUAAAAAGCAAUACAAUAUCAUCUGCUAUUAAUUUGAUGUAUAACGUGUCUGAAGAUGAUUUAAGUGCUGCACUUAUAACUCAACCAGUUAAUCCAACACCUACUAAAGCUAAUGUACAUACAAAUAUGUCAUCAACCAUCACAAAUAUUAAAGAACUGUCAACUUCUACACAUAAUGAAUUUAAUUUAUCCAAAAACCAUAAAGAUAUCAAUCAAUCUAUGCAUGAAAACAUCAUUAUGACAUUGGCAUUUGUAAAGAGAAUAGAAGGUAGAUUAGAUGGAAUAGAAGCUCAAUUACAAAGUGGUGUAACAGUUAUUAAUACAAAAAUAAAUAAUGACAUAUUGUCACAACUUCCAAUGAAGACCGUCUCAGAUGUAGAGGAUAUUGAAACUAAAUUUACUACUGAUGCAGAUUUCAAAAGUCAAAUGAGGAAUGUUAUAUUUAGAAUUGGUGGAACAAAUUCCAAAAACUAUAUACUGGCCCAAUAGUAUUGAAAGGUCGAUUAAAAACAUCACUAUACAAACAUUUUAUGCUUUUGAGUUCUGCUGUUCGUCUCCUCAUUUCUUCUGAAACUUGUAACAUU